AUGUUAGAGGCUAUACGUAAUUGGCAUUCUGCAGUGGUGAUCCACCCUCGAAGCAGACGAACAGGCGAUGCAGAGGACACUACUGCACUCUCUCCCUACCACGUCUUGGCACUAGAAUAUUCUAUCCAGACUUGCCAAUUUUCCUUUGACACAGGCGCCUUUCGAAGACGCUAUUCUAUUGAGUUAAAUGAUGACAGUGCUGGUGACCGAAGCGCUGCACGCCGUUCACACUCCAUCAUGCGCCGACGAAUGCAAGCAUACCUUCCCAUUGGGGAUCGCACGCCUAGACGACCGCCGUUAAGUAUCUUUCUGGAACCGCUGUCCUGGGCCAUCCUCCUCUGCCUAAUGCUAUUGAUCAUCAUCAUUGCCUUCUGGAUUCAUGGAAGUCUGGCUGGAAACGCCCCCGAAGACAUUCUACAGUAUAUUGAUCCCCUAAUUGGAACAGGUCCCGGCGGCCAUGUAUUUGCAGGAGCAAGCUUACCUUUUGGCAUGGCAAAGCCCGUUGCCGAUGUCACUGGCACCGAGAAGAUGGGAGGAUUCGCUUUCGAUCAGUCGCCCGUCGCGGGAUUCUCGUCUUUACACGAUUCUGGAACGGGAGGGAGUCCCAGCAUGGGCAAUUUCCCCAUUUGGCUGCAUCCAUCUUGUCCAAAUAUCACGGAGUGUUACAUGAGCCGAUGGGACAGGGCAAAGGCAUACGACCCGACGUGUGUCUACGCGUCCCCUGGCUACUUCACCAUCACUCUCGAAAAUGGCAUCAGAGCAGAGAUGACCGCAGGAGAGCGAGUAUCCAUCUUCCGUUUCUCCUUCAACGAAACCACAUCGACCACGAAUCCAGUACUGACCCUGGAUGCAUCUGAUCUGCCUUCAUCGGUUGGUGAGAGAUCCGUGGCUAUCGAUCCUGAGACCGGACGAAUCACUGCAGAAGGCCAGUUCAAUCCAUCUUUCGGCCAAGGCACGUACAAAGCCUAUCAAUGUGUGGAUUUCAGGGGUGGCAAGCUCCAAGAUUAUGGAGUCUUCAACACGAGUGUGCUGCCUGGAUACACGAACACGACCACGUCGGAGUCUAUUCCUCAAUAUGCCGCACCACAGCAAGGCAUCUAUGCAAGACUUGCAGAUGUUGACAGCAAAGAUCAUAUCUACGUAAGAGUCGGGUUGUCAUGGCUCAGCGUCGAACGUGCUUGCGAAAAUGCCGAAAGAGAGAUCCCCGACUGGAGCUUCAACCGCAUUUUGGAACAAGCUCAAAAGGCUUGGAGAGCGAAACUGAAACCCAUCACAAUCGACUCGACUGGCGUGGACAGAAGCCAUUUGCGAAACUUCUGGUCUGGUGUGUAUCGAGCGUUUUUGAGUCCACAAGACUACACUGGCGAAAACCAACUGGGGUGGAAUUCCACCGAACCAUACUACGAUUCGUGGUAUUGUAUUUGGGACACAUUUCGCGGCGUCCACCCUCUCUACAUGCUCAUCGAUACAGUCUCCCAAUCACGCAUGGUCAGAUCACUACUCGACGUAUAUAAGAACUUGGGCUGGAUGCCAGACUGUCGCAUGUCCUUCUGCAAAGGCCUAACGCAAGGUGGCUCAAACGCCGACGUAGUCAUUGUCGACUCGUUCGUGAAAAAGCUCAAAGGCGUAGACUGGAACCACGCCUACGAAGCCCUGAUCAAAGACGCCGAAGUACAACCUAAGAACUGGGACGUCGAAGGCCGAGGCAGCCUCUCAAGCUGGAAAGAAAAAGGCUACAUACCAUUCCAAGACUCCGAUUCCGGCGGCAUGAACACACGCUCCAUCUCACGAACCGUCGAAUACGCCUACAACGACUUCUGCAUCGCCCAGAUGAGCAACGCUACCGACCGAAAGGAGGACUUCGAAAAAUACUCUUCCCGAGCAUCCAACUGGCAAAACGUCUUCAACCCGGAUCUCGAAUCAAUGGGAUUCAAAGGCUUCCCUCAACCACGCUACUCCAACGGCAAAUUCGCCUUCCAAAACGCAACCCUCUGCAGCCCACUCAACAACCCCGACGGCUGCUACCUCAACCCCACAGGCCACGAAACAUACGAAGGCUCCCCAUGGCUCUACCUCUUCUUCACCCCAGGCGACAUGGCAUCCCUCAUAACCCUCCUCGGCGGCCGCUCAGCCUUCCUAUCCCGGCUAAACAAACUCCACAACUCGGGUGUCCUAUACAUGGGCGACGAACAAGCCUUCCUCACCGCCUUCCUCUACCACUACGCCGGCCGCCCCGCCCUUUCCUCGGCAAAAACCCACGAAUACAUCCCCUCCAUGUUCAACAGCACCAUUAACGGAAUUCCGGGAAACGACGAUAGCGGAGCGAUGGGAACAUUCGUUCUGUGGAGCAUGUUAGGAGCAUUUCCCAACGCGGGACAAAACGUAUAUUUCAUCAUCCCUCCGUAUUUCCCCGAGAUUUCCGUGAAGAAUCCGCAGACGGGCAAGGUUGCGAGGAUUCGGAAUGUGAAUUUCGAUCCGACGUAUCAGAGGAUGUAUAUUCAGAGCGCGAAGUUGAAUGGGAAGAGGUAUACGAAGAAUUGGAUUGAUCAUAAUUUCUUCCUGAACGGGGGCACGCUGGAAUUGGUGUUAGGGGAUAAGGAGAGUAGUUGGGGUACGAGGGAGGAAGAUGUACCGCCGAGUUUGUCGACAGGAUUGCAUCUCGGAUAG